UUUCUAAAUAAACUAUAACACCUUGAAAGCGAUAAACUUCCAACCCAUUUUCCACCUUCUUAAUUUUCCUAACAAAAACCACUCUCUAGCUACCAUUUUUCACUCCUCUCUCAAAUACUUCAAACCUCACUUUCUCCAAAUUCCACUAAACAAAACCUUAACAACCUUAACCUCAACCUCAACAUCAACCUCAAAACCAUGUCGGUAAAAGAGUGCAACCACCACAAAGGAAAGAAACACAAACGCUUCAGAAAAAUCUUCUGGGGAAUCAUAAUCUUCCUCUUCAUUGUCCUAGUAACAAUCCUAAUCAUUUGGGCUGUCUUAAAACCUUCUAAACCUUCUUUCAUUCUCCAAGAUGUCACUGUUUACGCUUUCAACGCCACAGUUCCAAAUUUCUUAACCUCAAAUUUCCAAGUCACAGUUUCUUCACGUAAUCCCAACGAUAAAAUUGGUAUCUACUACGAUCGUCUUGAUUCUUACGUCACAUACCGGAGCCAACAAAUUACUUACAGAACCGCCAUACCUCCGUCGUAUCAGGGACACAAAGAGGUUGAUGUUUGGUCUCCGUUUGUUUACGGAACAAACGUUCCGGUAGCUCCAUAUAACUCUGUUGCUCUUAGCCAAGACCAGGAUAACGGUAACGUUCUUGUUGUCGUUAAAUUUGAUGGUAGGGUUAGGUGGAAGGUUGGUGCUUUUAUUUCUGGUCAUUACCAUAUUUUUGUUCGUUGUCCUGCUUUUAUCACGUUUGGUCCAAGAAGUAACGGUAUUAGCGUCGGUGAUAGCGGCGCUGUUAAGUAUCAGAUUGUUCAACGGUGCACUGUCAGUGUUUGAUAGUCAACGAUGUUGAGUAUAUUGUGUUUCACUCCUUCCUCUAUUCUUCUCUGCUUCUGGUAUAUUACUCUGUUUAGUAAUAAUGUUUCAUUUUACACGUAUUCUUAUUUUCUACCACGGUAUUUGAAUUGUACAUUUUGUUGUUGUUAUUAUUACAUAUAAUUUAUUGUUAUAGAAUAAAAAUUCACUUGGAGCUAUAUGUGAAAAAUUGAUGGAGGAGAUAGAGAUGUGUAGAAAAAAUUGUAAUAUGUACUGUAAGUUUGUAACACUGUCAUUUGAGGUGAAUCAAUACAUUAAUAAAAUAAUUUUUUGUGUCAA